AUGUUUUUGGUUGCACGUUUUUUUCCUUCACAAUAUUUGCAGUUAACGCCUUGUAAUGUUAGUUAUUGCAUUUUAACCCAUUACACGGUAAAAAUUGCAAUGGAAAGUGGAGAUAAAUUUGUUCAACUUUGCAAGUUUAAAUUAAUGGCAAAGUGUGAAUAUACACAUGAAAAGCAAGAUGCAAAGUUCAUGUUGCGAUGUUCAGAGCUGCUGAUAACUUAA